GGAGGAACCUACUUUAUAGCGUGACGCCCAUUUCUAACAAAUCGAAAGUUUAAUUCUACUUCACUAAUAUUGUGGAAUGGUCGCAGAACGAGUUUUUGUUAUCCACUAUAGUGAAUUUAUGACUGACAGCGGACCACAGUGGAAUUCACAGUUAGAGGAACAGUUUAAAGUUCAAGAUGGACUGCCCCAGUUGUGGACAUUCUAUUUUGGAGAAAACUGCUAGAUUCUGCAGCCAGUGUGGCCAUCUGCUAUCUGGAAACCCACCCCUCAAGGAGCCGGACAUUACUUCUGAAAGUCCUCCAAAACCAUUAGAGGUGUUGCAACAGAACAUUACUGAAAGGACUGAUGAGGACAUGGCAUCCAUGAACAACUCGGAUACAAAAAAUUCUCCAAAACGGCACAAUGAAGAGACCAACAGCAUCCCUAAGAAAAAGAGAAAAAAGAGGAAGAGGACCAAGAAGAAGAAAGAGGGUCCCGCAUCACUGGACCCAGACCAGAUGGCCACUGACAUGUCUGACAUCUCCCUGACAGAAAGCAAGGAGGAGGAUAAGAAACAGGAAGAAGGGGAGUCCUCCGACACUGACAGUGAAUUUAGUACCAUGGAUGAGACCCCUGACUCACUUGAUGACUCAUCUGUCUCCCUGGAGAAAACAGCAAGCGCAUCGGAAGCAUCUACUGCAAUUAUUCCAGCUGAGAACACAUCUGAUAAUCAGGAUCCUCCGACCAAUGACUCGCCGCAGAUAAGAUCCGGUGCAGAGAGCCAGCCUAGCGCAAGGAAGGAUAAAGUACAAAAAAAGGACCAGGAAGAUCCCCCUCAGUCAUCAAAAAAUCAGCCCCCCAAGAACCUUAUGAAAGACACUCCUGCCCCCCGUAAUGACACUGCUGGCAAAGCCACCACCAACAGCCCACCUCUUCAGGCGCACUCCAAGGACCUGACAAGGACCACUGACCAGAAAACUCCAAAGCCAAAAGCUGCUGAAGUGAAGAGUACCAAGAGCAAUAAAGAUGGGGCCAACUUGAAGAAAAACAAUCUGGACCAGAAUGCUAACCAGAGUCUGAAUCAGGCAGGGCAAGACAAACGGAAAGGAAAAGGCGAUCAGCCAAGCCAGGACUCCAGACUGACCACCCCUGGUAAUCAGGACAUGGUGUUUGGCCCUAAGAAAAAAUCAGAGACAGAGCGCAGCGGCUCCAGUGUGGACAGGCAGAAGGAGAACAUGGAGGUCCAGCAGUCUGCUCAUGGGAAAGGAGACGCUUCCUCCUCUCUGCGCAAAUCGCAGAACCCAGACAUUAAGAAGGAAAAAGACAAGCAGAAAGAGGACGACUCUGAAACCAAAACUCAGGAUGUUCCCCCACCAAAAAGGAUACCUCUAAGAAAAAAGACAGAAUCUGCAAGUGAGAGACUGACAAUCUAUUUCCACGCCGUCCUCUCAAAGGAUUUCAAGCUUAACCCGGACGAGGAUCGCAUCUUCAUCAGAGCUGGAGGAAGCUUUGGAAACUGGGAAGAAAAUGUAGUUGAGCUCACGGUCUCUAGGAAUCUUGGAGAUCACGGGUUCCUAGUUGAAGGGAGCUUGAACUCAAGCAAAUCUCAUACAGCUGUCUCCAUACCAUACAAGUAUAUUGUUUACAAGGCAGCAAAGAACAAGUAUGAAUAUGAAUACAUUUACAAACUGGAUUCUACUCCCCACACCACGAACCGAUGUCUUUUCGUCAAAUCUCAUCUGCUUAAUGAAGAAGGGGACUGGCAUCAGUAUGAUGACAUCAUCUGUGUUGAGCCAUCUAAGAACAUGAUGAAGAAGCUGAAAGAAGUUUUUUGGCCCGAACAAAGGAAAAGUGUCAUUGAAGGCAGAGAAAUUGCUGGAAAUAUCAUGCUUGAGAGUAUCUUUGACCUCCUCAGUACCUGGACAGAUAUUAACCUCAGGAGUUUCCUCAGUCAGCUGAAUCAAUUUUUCCAGAUAUACGGCAACCCGUUUGUCUAUGAGGAGAAGGAGAAAAAGUGGUGUUCCUUAGAUUACGCAGAAAAAGAUGUGAGGAAGCUGCUGAAGCAGUUCAUGCUGGACAACGUGGUGCCUCAGCUGAAGAAGGAGGGCGAGGUGAAGAGCUCCUUCAUCCAGGACUCCUUGCGGGCAGCUGUGGUCAUGCUGUAUGUGUGUAGCCAGUACACCAUCAGGCUAGACAAUGGAGAGCUCAACCGGCUCUGCACCGCCCUGUGCCUGCCCAAGCUACCCAAGGACAACUUUCUGCGCUACUGGGAUGACUUUGCCAAAGCUGUCUCAGGGCUUAAAAACUUGCAGGAAAUGUUGGUUAAUCUGAUCCACAAGGUGAAGUUGGAGGGAAUGCCCCGAUGGAUUCUGGUGCUCCCUCUGCUCCACCUCCUUAAGGGAUCUUGUAAACCGUUCACACCCAUAUCUACCAUUGUCACCGUCAAGAACGAGCAGUCCUGGGCAGGCCUCCAAGGCAUCAAACCCAGUAACAUGACACUGUCCAGCCAGGACAGGAGAGCGACGUUGAAUAUCAUGAAAAAUUCUGGUCAUUUGGUGGAGGUGGACCGACUGCUGGUCCGGUCCUGGAUGUAUUUGAUGACCAUUGAAGACCUGGUGGAAUGCAGCGACCUCCUCAACGUGGAACUGCUGGACAUGCUCAACUUGUUUACCAUGAAGGCACCUCAGGAUAUCAGCUAUACCAACAACCAGAAUGUGUCAGAAACUCUCACACAUAUCCAAAGCUUACUCAUCGAGGAAAAGUACAGCUGUUUUAGUGAGGAAUACGGCAGACAGUGCUUGGCAACCGCGGUCAAACUGCUUGAGAAGAUCUGCAAUGGAGUCAGAUCUUACAGUCAGACCUUCACCGAAAUUCCUGUGGCCUGCUUGAAUCUGGUCGUCUCUGUAUCCGAGUUUGCCCGGUCCUUUGAAUCCCUGGUAUGUGGAGCAAAGGUAACUAAGGAUGUUGAAAAAGACUGCAUGUAUGCCAAGGAACAAGAGCUGCUCUCUGAGGCUAUGGUGAUUGUUAGAUCCUGGAUCAGCCAAGCCUUUCGAGAACGAUUGUUGGGCAGGGGGGUGACCUCCUUGUACCUAAGUGUCCAUAUCACCAAAGAAAUAGAGAUGUGGAACAAUGUAAUCUCUCUGAAAUUUCCCACUGAUGAGUUCACAAAGGAAUGGAGACAAACUUUUACUAGGGACUUAGAGGGAAAACUUCAACAGGAGUCUCCCUUUGAUCAGUUAGAAAUCUACUGUUCCAAGAUAGAGGAAUUGAAGGAUUCUCACUCUUUUGUGGCAAUGAGUAUCGAGAAAUGUGCCCUGGAAGCUGUCUCCUCACUGUGCAAUAGCAAGUCAGAGGGAAAACUCUUUGACCGUUUCAAUUUCAACUGGAAGUUUGGGAAACUCAUCUCGGUCAUCAUCCAGAAGUCCUGGCCAAGAAACAAUCGUGGGGAUUACCAAGAAGAAGAGGAGGCGGUCCUUCAACACUUACUCUCCUGGACGGCAGCCAAAAACAUAUUCCAGCUAUAUGGAAUAGACGAAAAGCUGAUGGAGCAGCUGUCUGAUGAAGCUAGGGAUCGAAUUGCCGUGUCAAUCUCAUCCUUUACCGCCAUCGCUGACCAACUGAUCCACGGAAACAUCCGGAUCAAACUGCUCAACAUCAUUUUGGAGAAGAGGGAUACUUUCACAGAGCUGCUAAAAAUAGACUGCCUUUCGGAAAAAGAGGGCUACAAGGACUGCGCCCUAAUAAAAAGGCUGCUACAAUGGAGGCAGGAAGAAGUGAGAGCUGUCUACCAUGAGAAAGAACUUCUGGAAGUCAUGUUUACAAUGAGCUGCAAACUACAAGAUCGUGUUGAUGUUGAGUUAAGAGGCUUGGAAGCAAAACUACAGACCAAUAUUGAGGACAUGACACUGGACCAAUUCAUGGAGGUUCAUCCAUUUGAUCAGCUCCCUUCUCCGUCAGCUGGUGUGGUCACCUUCUUUGAACUUGAAAACGAAGUGAGAGAGAUGGCAGAGGUUUUGCACAUGUUUAAAGACAGCUUCAUUUUCAAGAUGUGUUGGGAGAAACAGGCCAUAGACCUAGCCAGGAAAGAAAGUUAUGACGAACACUAUAACAUUGAAGAACCGGAGGAACCACGUGAUUACCUUGACCUUAACGAGGUAUAUAGCGAUAUUUUUAUGCCUUGUUUCUCUGAAUAUGAUGAGAUCUACAAAUGCCUGAAAAAUGGCAGCAUUCGUCUUGAAGAGGUUGAUACCCUCUUCAAAGCCUAUAAGGGAAAAUAUGAAGAACUGGCGCAAGAGUUGGAUAUAAUGUGCAGAAAUGACAAGUCAGAUAACAAACAGUGGAUCCAGAAAAGGGUGCAACAGAUUGAGCAGUACCAUGAGCUUUACCUGGCUGUGGAGUCAGCUCAGGUCAUCAUGCUGGUCCAGCAGACCCUCAACCUUCAAGGCAACUUUCAAGCCCUACAGACUCUUCUAGAAGUUACGAAUGAAGACUUUAAGAUGGAGCACCUGGACCGUAUUGACAAUGACUUGAUGCAGACAAAGAUGGUUUUGGUGGACAUCACAGAGCCCCGCAGACUGUGCCUCCAGGAGCUUGGCCUUAGGAAAAACUUUGUAAUGUGGGUUAAAGAAGCACUUGAAGAUAUCAAUGAGCUGAAGGUGUUUGUUGACCUGGCCUCCAUUUCUGCUGGGGAGAAUGAUCUUGAUGUAGACCGCGUGGCCUGCUUCCACGAUGCAGUUCUUGGUUACUCCCCAAUUCUAUAUGAACUGAAGCCAGAUGCUGGUUUCCAUGCCUUCAAAGAGGUGCUGAAGAAGCUGUGGAGGGCAUUGGACAAUGACAACAAUCUCCCAAAGAAGCUGCGUGACACAGCACGUCACCUGGAAUGGUUGAAAACAGUAAAGGACAGCCAUGGAUCGGUUGAGCUGUCUUCUCUCUCCUUAGCAUCAGCCAUAAACAAAAAGGGCAUCUACAUCAUCAGUGCACAGAACCAAAAGAAGUUGUGUCUGGACACAGCACUGAAGUUGCAGAUUCCAGAGGAGCAUGAUGAGGGCCAUGAAAUGCGCCAUUACUCCCUGGAGGACCUGAGAGAAUUGCAGAAUAAACUCAUGCUCAUGUCUGGGAAAGGGGAUCAAGGCCAGUGUGAGGUGGACCAAUUUUCAGAGGUUUUUGCCAGUGUCCAGAGGCUAGCUGUGGCCUUUAUUGCCCUGUUCGUGGCUGGAAACCCACUUUUCAGACACUGGGAGGCCAACAUCUGUUGUGAUUCUCAUCGCCAAGAUGCCAGCAUCAUCAUGGAUUUCAAUCUGGGCAGCGUUGUUAGUGUAAUUAUGGUGGAGGGAAACAUUAUGGAACAACUUCUUGAAUUGUGCCGGAAGAUGGAAAAGUGUCUCAAAUAUUGGCAUGACUUCAUGGACAAACAGAGAUCCCUCCAUUACUACCUAAACUACUAUACUGCAGAACAGAUAGUAUACUUAUGUAGUAAGCUGACUCAGCAGAAUGUUGCAAAUUUGGACGACCAAGUUCUCAUGAUGCUCUCUUUCGUCAAACCCAACUGCGCAAUUUCUGAUCUUAGGCAGACUUGGCAUACACUCAUGUACGAGAUCCUCACAAAGCCACCUCAGCAAAAUGAGGACAUUGACUUCCAGACCUUUAUUGAAGUUCCAAGCAGUGUGCAGGAAGGUCUGAAUUCAAUUGGAGAGUUGAAUCUCUCUUCAGAUUAUCUUUCAAGUCUUGUGGAGCACACUAGCGGCUUAGGAAAGUUUGACUUGAUGUGGAAUGCCUACAUGAAAGACAUGAAAGUUUUUCUCCCAGAUACUCUUGACGUCAGAAGCCUCGGACGGCUGUUAGAAAUUCUGGCCAACAAAGAUCAGGAAAAUGAGGGAUACUUGACCGAUGAGAAGAAAGACAGAAGCAUUCAAAGAGUGCUUCCCAAGGGCCUGGCUAUCGGAUAUCCAAACCUCAUAAUUUCUCCACACGACGAGAUCCUGCUGUCAUGCAUUUCAAUUUACAUGAGUAGCCAACAUGAGCCGCUACCUACAUUUGACGAGGUUCUACUGUGCAACUCUGCAACACCUUAUGAACAGGUUGAGCUGUUUCUCAGACGCUGCCUUACUGCUGGCUACAAAGGAGAGAAGAUCUACACCAUGCUCUACGGAGAUCAGUUAAACUACGAAGUUAGCUCUAAAGUGGAGAGUUUUUUCCAGCGAAUGAAAUUGCAAAGCAGGAUUGACUACAGACUUGUGAUCAUCUGCAGCUCGGACCGAGAGCAUGCCUACCUUCCCUCAGCCUUCAGCCAGUACAGGUUACACAUGGUUCCCCAAGAACCCCUAAGCAGGAUCCAGGCAUACCUCAACAAACACUACACUGUCCCCUCAGAUCAGAGUAGUGCUGCUGCUGUGUUCAAGGACAGGAUGUUUGUUGGAGUUGUGUCAUCCAGAAGAGCUGGAGUUGGCAAGUCGCUUUAUAUCAAAAGGCUGUCUGACAAACUGAAACACUCUACCAAGAAGUCUUCACAACUGAAAUGCAUUCGCUUGAUUGAGCCAAGGGUUGAUGAGAAUGUCAUUCUUCAGUCUCUGCUGAAUACCCCCAAGAAGACAGAACUCACCAUCUUUCAUUUUGAUGUCACGUCUUCGGUGCAGAAAGGCCUCUAUGAAUUUCUCUUUAAACUGUUGGUCUUGGGAUAUUUGCUUGAUUCUGAAGGAAGGUUGUGGAGAUGCAGUAACAAGCAGCUUUACGUCAUUGAAAUUCUGCAGGCAACAGGGAACUUACCCAGAAAUGGCCAAAUAAUGAUUGCAAAUGCCCCCUUCCUGGAUGUGUUUCCAAAUGUCUUCUGCCGCCCACCGAAAGAGGUUCUAGAUCUGGAAAUGAGGAUGAGAGAGGACCCCUCCAUGGAGAAGCUUGAAGACCCAUUGAUGGAUGACCAAGAGUUCAGGAGUGAAGCCUACCAACGUCCUUACCAGUACCUCACACGUUUCCAUAAUCAUGUCAACCUAGAUACCUACCAGUACAAUGGAGUGGAAGGCACCCAUGUGGAAUGUCUACAGAUCCUAUUUGUGUACUGUGGCAUAAUCGACCCAUCAUGGGCAGAGUUGAGAAAUUUCACAUGGUUCCUAAACCUUCAACUACAAGACUGCGAAACGUCUGUCUUUUGUGAUGCCUCUUUUACUGGGGACACCCUCCAGGGAUUCAAGAACUUUGUAGUGGACUUCAUGAUUCUAAUGGCCAAAGACUUUGCCACUCCUUCCCUCAGCAUCUCUGACCAGAGUCCUGGUAGACAGCAAAUGGACCUUUCUGGUGUCAAUGAUGAAGAUUUGGCUCCCUUUCUGAUCAGAAAGAGAUGGGAGUCAGAACCACAUCCAUACAUAUUUUUUAAUGAUGACCAUGUGUCGAUGACCUUCAUUGGCUUUCAUCUACAACCCAAUGAACAGAACUAUGUUGAUGCUAUCGAGCCAACCACAAGAAGGGUGAUUAAAAGAAACAUCAUGACCCAAGAACUGUAUGAGGGUCUGACGUUACAGAGAGUCCCUUUCAACAUCGACUUUGAUAAAUUGCCCAGAGGGGAGAAGAUUGAACGACUUUGCAGUGUUUUGGGGAUCCAGUGGCCUCUCGAUCCUGACGAAACAUAUGAGCUGACCACCGACAACAUACUGAAGAUGUUGGCCAUCCACAUGCGGUUUAGAUGUGGCAUUCCAGUCAUCAUUAUGGGGGAGACGGGCUGUGGCAAGACGCGGCUAGUUAAAUUCCUCUGUGAGCUUAGGAGGAGUGGGGUGGCCACAGAGAACAUGAAGCUGGUCAAAGUCCAUGGAGGAACCAGUUCAGACAUGAUCUACACCAAAGUACGGGAAGCAGAAGCCAUGGCGUUCACCAACAAACAAGACUAUGGAUUUGAUUCGGUUCUCUUCUUUGACGAAGCCAACACUACAGAAGCCAUUAGCUGUAUCAAGGAAGUCCUCUGUGAUAAAACGGUGGAGGGGGAGGCUUUUGAGCCACACUGUGGUUUACAGAUCAUUGCUGCAUGCAAUCCUUACAGAAAACACACAGACGAGAUGAUUCAGAGGUUGGAGUCUGCUGGCCUGGGGUAUCGAGUCAGAGCUGAAGAGACUGAUGAAAAGCUGGGGUCCAUCCCUCUUCGCCAGUUGGUGUACAGAGUUCAGGCUUUGCCUCCCAGCAUGAUCCCUCUGGUGUGGGACUUUGGGCAGCUCAACGAUCUCACUGAGAAAAUUUACAUCCAGCAGAUUGUCCAGAGGGUCAUGGAGACCAACAUGAUGAAUGAAGAAUACACUAGGUUGAUCACUGAUGUCCUGUCAGGUUCACAGAAUUACAUGAGGACAAGGAAAGAUGAAUGUAGUUUUGUAAGUCUGAGGGAUGUGGAACGUUGCAUGCAAGCUUUUGUGUGGUUCUAUAAAAACCAUUCAAUGCUACUUUCUGAGCUUAAUCAGUAUCAGAGAAAACAAAACGGUGAGAGCAGUGAGAGGAACCAGAUGGAGUUUGAAGCAAGAGAUCCAGUCUUGUGGUCUUUAGUGAUGGCGCUGGGCGUGUGCUACCACGCCUGCUUGGAAAACAAGGAAAUGUACAGAAAAAAAAUCUGCAAAUACCUUGGCAAAACCUACACCCCAUUCAAAGUGAUGCAAGAGAUCUCCCUAAUGCAGGAUCUUCUUCUGAGCGGAGUGCCCCUAGGGGAAACUAUUGCACGAAACAAUGCUUUGAAAGAAAACGUCUUCAUGAUGGUGGUCUGUAUUGAACUGAGAAUCCCCCUGUUCUUGGUGGGAAAACCAGGAAGUUCAAAAUCUCUAUCUAAAACCUUGGUGGCAGAUGCUAUGCAAGGUCAGGCCGCGCACUCUGACCUCUACAAAAGGCUGAAGCAGAUUCACCUGGUGUCCUUUCAGUGCAGCCCUCACUCCACACCAGAGGGUAUCAUCAACACUUUCAAGCAAUGUGGUCGCUUCCAAGAGGGUAAAAACCUGAGGGAGUACAUAUCUGUGGUGGUCCUGGAUGAAAUUGGCUUGGCAGAGGACUCCCCCAAAAUGCCCCUGAAAACUCUCCAUCCGCUAUUAGAAGAGGGAUGCAUUGAUGAUGAACCACUACCGCACAAAAAGGUUGGAUUCAUUGGCAUCUCAAACUGGGCUUUGGAUCCUGCAAAGAUGAAUAGAGGCAUCUUUGUCUCUCGUGGUGAUCCUGACGAGAAAGAGCUGAUUGAGAGCGCGAAAGGCAUAUGCUCAUCUGACACAAUGAUUUUGGAGAAGGUCAGAGAUUUAUUCCAACCCUUUGCCAGGGCCUACCUGAAAAUCUGCCGUAAACAGGGAAAAGGUUUCUUUGGCUUGCGUGAUUACUACAGCUUGAUCAAGAUGGUUUUUGCUGUGACCAAGGCCAAUGAGCAGAGGCCUAGUGCAGAGAAGAUUGUUGAGGCUGUCCUCAGGAACUUCAGUGGCAGGGAUGAUGUGGAUGCGGUCACGGUAUUCACCAAAAGGCUUAAAAAAAUACAGAUUACACUAAAUCUGGAGGGCAUCAGCGCUAUUGACCUUGUGAGACAGAACAUUUCAGCAAUUGGUCAGGAAGAAGAAUGCCGCUACUUGCUGGUUUUGACCAGAAAUUAUGCCGCCCUACAGAUCCUGCAGCAGACGUUCUUCUCAGAGAACUGCCAGCCAGAGAUUAUCUUUGGAUCUAGCUUUCCCAAGGACCAAGAGUACACCCAGAUCUGCCGUAACAUCAACCGAGUCAAGAUCUGCAUGGAAACCGGUCGAACCGUAGUGCUCCUAAACUUGCAGAACCUCUACGAAAGUCUCUAUGAUGCUUUGAACCAGUACUAUGUCUGCUUGGGAGGACAGAAGUAUGUUGACUUGGGACUGGGGACUCAUCGUGUCAAAUGCAGAGUGCACAAAGACUUUCGACUGAUUGUCAUUGAGGAGAAAGAGGUGGUCUACAGACAGUUUCCAAUCCCUCUAAUAAACAGGCUUGAGAAGCACUAUAUGGACAUCCAUACAGUCCUUAAGAAAGAACAAAAAGCUAUUGUUGUCGAGUUAGAAAAAUGGGUUGGGCAGUUUGUGGGCAUCAAAAAACAAAACCCCAUGGCCCACCAGGCUUACCAGUACCUACCUCCUGAUGUUUUCAUUGGCUUCCAUUCAGACACGUGUGCAUCGGUGGUCCUCCAAAUGACAGAGAAACAGAGGGGAGAGACUGUUAUUUCAGACCUUCAAAGAAAAGUCUUGGAUGACUCCAAACUGAUCCUGCUGAACUGUGCCACUCCUGACUCUGUGGUUCGGCUGGACUGCACUGGUCUCUCCAGGGUGGAGAGUGAACAUCUGUCCAGGGUAUACUUUGAAGACCAGAAGCACAGCUCUUUGGCUGAUUUCAUCUUCUCUCACACUCAACAGGAUGAACAAUGUCAUUCCUCUUUCACAGAGGUGACAACUUUUUCCAGACUUUUAACAGCAUCAGAUGUUGGUCCACUGGAGGCGGUGGUGGAUAAUGUCGAGCUUCUCUCACUUCAGCAGUUUGAUACAGAGCUCUCCUUCCUCAAGAAGAUCAGGCAUUUCCUUAUGUUUGGAAACAGGAGAAAGAAUACAUCUGGCAUCAGAGUACUCAUCAUUCAGUCAGAUUUUGAUGAAGCUUCGCACAGUGCAAAUCUCAUUGCUUCUGCUAAAUAUUCUACCAUUAAUGAAAUCAACAAAUCAGGACAAGAUGAGGCAGGAGGCAAAGUCUUUGUCUACUUCAUUACCAAACUGCCAAGAAUGGAGGGAGGGACAUCCUAUGUGGGAUUUCAUGGAGACCCUUGGAGGUCAGUUCAUAUUGAUGACCUCAGACGAUCCAAAGAUAUUGUGUCAGAUAUCAAAGCUUUAAGAAACCUUACCAUCAGUCAACUGUUUGUGGACAAAAAGGAUGAGCCUGAAGAUAUGGAAGUUGAUGACAUGUACUUGGAGACAGAACAACAGAAAAUGCAACAUGAAGAUCAAACUAACUGCGGGAGUGUUAUAGACACCACAGCGCUGGUCCGUAGCUGUGUGCAGAGUGCAGUGAGCAUGCUCAAAGACCAGAUGGAGAGCGGAGUUCGCAGCACCAGGAGAGUGGAGAUCCUGCUCACACUACUGACUGACAAUGAAGAAAUAAAAGCUGAAUUUCUGAGGACCAUGAAGAGACAUCUUCACUCAUUGCUAUCAACUCAUGAUGGCAACACUCUCAAACUGUCAUCAAAUAACUGGGUCAUCAAGGAAGCAUCCAACGUCGAUGCCCUGCACGAGGGAGGGACAUUCCGACACACACUGUGGAAGAGAGUGCAGGCUGCGGUUAUUCCUUUCUUGGCGCAGCUCGUCUCUAUAAUUGACCGCGACCGCAACUUGGACAUUCUGCUAGACUCCAAUUCUGGAGAAGCGGUCAAGAAACUCUGGCUGGACAUCUUUGGAAAUGACAAACUACUGGAUGUUCAUUACAUGAGACUGGAUCAUAAUUCAGAGUCAAAGAUCAUACUGGUCCAGAACUACAUAGGCCUUGACAAGAACAUCGGCUGUAUCAUGCCCUUCAGCUGGAGGAUCAAGGAUUACCUGGACGAACUCUGGGUCCAUGCUCUCCAGCGUGAAGGUCACACUCUGAGCCAGUUUGUAGAGUUCUUUGGUAAGACCCCGCUGGGCCGUUACAUCACCAAGGCUGAUCUGGAGAUGCAGGCCGAGUUCUUCCACAGAUACUUGCAGGAUUUCGUCUCCAUGAAUAUGAACGUGACCUGUCCGGAGGAUCUGGAGCUCCUCUGCGGUGCCUUGACUUGUUGUGUGAACGAGCUGCGGCUGCGUCAAGAGGACCUGAUGGACAAGGAAGUGAUCACACUCCCCUGGGUCCACGCUGCCUACCACCAGUUUAAGAACCGCCUGCAGAACCUGUCCAGGAUGAUGAGCAUCGAGCCCCAGGUGGUCAAAGUCCUCUGGGGAAACACGCAUGCCAGAGAGGGGGAGGAACUGGUGCUGGACGUGUAUGCGGCUGUGGCGUGUGUUGAGUUUUUAGAGCCUGUGGAACUAGACACAGAUGUCCAACGUCAGGCUUGGCUCAGACAGGUCAAGAGGCUUCAGGUGCCUAUUGAGCUGGCCUGCUCCCAGGAGAGUCUGAGUCGCUAUGGGGAGAGGAGCAAGGCCAUGGCCUGCCGAGUCCAGACCGGAUGGAGGCGCAUCUUCUCCCUGUCGCUGUUUGUGGAGCACAUGUUGCUGGGCAUCGAGGAGUUGGAGGACAACCUGAAGCCUCUUGUCUUGGAACACACCAAAGGGUUGGGCCAGGUACUGGAGAAGAACUCUGACCUGAAAAUUGAGCAGCCGUUUAAUGCCGUUAUCGGUAUACUGAAAGCCUGCAAAGAUGGAGCAGCGGAGCGCAUUUUCAGGUUUGGCCUUCAGCCAUGCCCCGUGUGCAUGUGUGACCCCCACGACCCCCUGAGCCUGCCAUGUCAUCACAUCUACUGCAUGAACUGCAUUCGACAGUGGCUGGUCCCAGGCCAGAUGUACUGUCCUUAUUGCAUGCAACCGGUGCCAGACGACUUCCCCCUCCUGCCCUCAGAAGACAUACGGGUUCUUAUUAGCCUGAACGCCCGGUUCAGGAAACAGUGCAACGCCUUCUUCAUAGACAUGGUCUCCACCGUGUGCUUCAAGGACAACUCUCCGCCCUGCAGCGCCAUUGUCCUCCACCUGCUCUCCUUCCUCAUGGUGGAGGCCCACUCUGUUCCCAUCAUCAGAGGUAAUCGUCAGAUUCUGACCAAGGCGCUCUCUCCCUUCGACGAUUCCGUGGACAAAAACCCAGUUGUUCGGUCGGUAGUCCUCAAGCUCCUGCUGAAAUACAGCUUUGACGAUGUCAAAGGCUACCUGCAACAGCACCUGACGGCAGUUGAACAUAGCAACAUCUUGGCGGAGGAGGACAAAACCGAACUUUAUUCGCUGUACAUUAACUGCCUGGAAGACUCCAUGUUUGAGCGGAUGCAGUGUCACACGGUGGCAGAGCAGCGGGCCUGCCUGCGGGACGAGCGGGUCUUCCUGUUGGACUUCCUGCAGUCGGACGCUGGCUCCGACCACGCAGCCACUGUAGAGCACCUGCAGCAGCUGGCCAGGGUGCGCAUGGGGCUGGACAUGGCUGCAGACCUGCUGGUCGACACGCUGGCUGCUGCUACUGCUACUGGCACACGGGAGGAAUCUACGAACAACGUCACAGCCUUCCUGACCAGUGUGGAGGACUUGUGUAAACGUAGCCAAAACGACUGGUACCGGGUCUAUCUCAUCCGUAAGAUCUGCAGCCAGCACGGCGUGGAGUUUGUUCAGAAAUUACUGAAAAUGACUGACUUUCAGUGGUUGUUCCCCAUUGAAGUUCUGCAGCAGGAUGACAAUAGCAGUCAGAUCGACCAAUUCCUUGUAUGUGGAGAGGACUACAAGACCAUCAGAGAUGCUGUUGCCAAGGCAAUGAUGGAUGGAAAAGUGGAUGGUCUGGACCAAGCUUGUGAGAGCUGUAAAUGUUCUCUGCAGAGAAGGGCAGUCUUCCUGCUCCUGGCCUUGUUUAGAGAAGUCACCUCUCUCUACAGAUCAGCCUUUCGUCCUAAACCUGUGCAAUGCCAGGCCCUGGUGGCGUUCAUUCAGGCCUCCAGGGUGCUUAUCAGCCCAGAGGUGAAGGCCUUCGCUGAGGCCCUGGUGGCCAACCGGCUGGGUCCUCUAGAGGUCCGGCGAGACACCCCUGGGGCCCAGUGUGUGGUGAUUGAACUGAGCAUCCACCUGGCUGCAGUGCUGCUCUGUGGGAACCACAGCCUACUGACGCCUCUCCAACAGCUAGCCCUGGCCCCUGCGAACAUGCAGGAAGCUUUCCUCCCCACCAUGCCUGAGGACAUGCUGGCAGUGGCAAACCAAGCUAUGGGGCAUGUUCAGUGGUACUCUUGUCCCAACAAUCAUCCGUGCACAAUCGGUGAGUGUGGCCAGCCUAUGGAGAGGAGCCGCUGCCCUGACUGUGGCAUGGUCAUUGGAGGGGACGACCACGUCGCCGUCAAAGGUUUCCGAGCCAUUCCGAUCCAGGGUGACCGCACCCAGACCGGCCACAUCUUGGGAGAUCACAAACGCAGGGACAACCCGGACAUGCAGGACACCAAGAACAUGUCCCCCCUGCCCUUUAACCUGGUGCGCCUUCUUACACACAUGGCCAUGGUGCUAGGGGCCAGCAGUCAACCACAGCUCAUCGGUGCCAUCAUCAGGCCCCGGGUGCCCGACCCCGGUGCCUUCCUGUUGGCCCACCUGAUGAAGGAUAUGGAGCACGUGACCAGGUCUCUGGGGAAGGGGGCAGACAACACAGUCAAUGCCGUCCACCUUGUCAUCGGCAGCCUUCUUGAGGCAGCCCACCUGGGUCCUGCUGUUCCCUAUGACAAUCUUCCUACCAAAGAGGUCCGAAAUGGCUGGGAGACCGCCCUUUGCAAUGACGUCAUCACUGCUCAGCUGAAGCACCUAGAUAGGCGCCUGAAUGAAAUGAACGCCUUCAUCCGGGCUGACUCGCGGGUCUCUGCCAACCUGGUGACAAGGCUGGUGUUUGGGGACCCGUACCUCUUCCUGACCACCCUGCCCUCGAAGUCUCCGAUCCACGGCUCGGUUGUGUGGAACUGCCGGGAACGAGUGUCCCUGCUCAGUCUCACCCACAUUGUGGAGCAGCAUGAUGGCAAGGACAACCUCCCUGUGCUCUGGCGCUUCCUGCAGAAGGAGGCAGAGCUGAGGUUGGUGAAGUUCCUUCCUGACAUCCUGGAAUUACAGAGAGAUCUAGUGAAGAGGUUUCAGAAUGUGGGCGAGCUCACCUGCGGUUCUAUUGCAGAGUUCAUUCAAAGUCAGAAAGCAGCCUCCCUCACAGCCUGGUAUGAGAAACGGAUCAAAAUCUUCCUGACGACGUGGAAUCAACUUCGUGUCUCCCUCGCAACCAAUGGUGAAAUUAAAAUCCCGGGUGAGUUCUGCCGGGAGGACCUGGACCCGACCAGUGACUUCCUUGUUCUGCUGCCGCGGCGACAGGGUCCUGGCCUGUGCUCAACGGCGCUGGUCAGCUACCUCAUUGCGCUGCACAACGACCUGGUCUACUGUGUGGACAAGCACACCGGCGAGGAGACCAGUUACACCGUUAGCCCGGCGGACUUGAGCGACCUGCACGUGAUCCACUACGAGCUGGAGCGGGACGUGCUGCCCCUGGUGCUGUCCAACUGCCAGUACAGUGUGGAGCGCGGCCAGGAGACCUUGCACGAGUACGACCUGCCCAAGAUCCAGCAGCAGAUCCUGGCCCGCUUCCUGCAGGGCAAGCCCCUCAUCACCCUCAACGGAAUCCCAACAUUGGUGAACAGACAGGACCGCAAUUAUGAAAAUAUCCUCAAGGACGUGAAAGGAAAGGUCCCUCAAGAGCCCCUGCCCAUCCUGACCCUGUCAGCGCUGGCUGGGGAGCUGCAGGCGUACAGCGAGGUGUGCGAGGCGCUCUCCACAGUGGAAGUGGCUCUGGGCUUCCUGGCCAUGACUGGCGGCUCCCCCCAGCUGCAGCUGGAGCGCUACCUGGAGGACGUGCUGCAGAUGGGAGACCAGACUGCCCCACACAUCCUCAAGGCUCUGAGCACGUGUAGUCUGAAGCACAGUGUAGCCCUCUGGCAACUCCUCACCUCACUCAAGUCUCAAACAAUGCUGCGCCUCAAGAGGGACCCUUUCGUGGGGAUUUCCGAGGCGUACAAGGAGCCCCUUGGUGACGAAGAGCGGAGGCUGCUCACUGCUUUCUUCACCAAGAGCAGCGCUGACUCCUUCCUACUGGAGAUGCACGAGUUCCUCCUGCUGGUCCUGAAGAACCCCCAUGCCCCUGACACCUACAGGCCUAACUGGGGCCUAAAAGACACCCUAGUGUCAUACAUGGAACGAAAAGACAUGGAUGUUCCCCAUGAUGUGGAUGAGUUCUUCCCCGAAGAGAUCAGCCUGGCUCAGUACAUCGAAGCAUGGAAGUUCACUGUGGCUUUCAAACAGGAGCGCAGCCAGCGAUAGCUCAAACUCUGCCUUUUUGUCCAAAACACCACCUUAUUCCUUUCAUAUUGCACUAAUUUUUCCCCUCGGAAGAUUUGAUGGAACGUGUGACAGAGUUUGAAAGGUGAACAAGGCCAAAGCUUGAACACAUUCUUUAAUGGGAACAUGGUAGAAUUUAAUUUAAUAUCCCAAGGUGUCAAUUUGCUUCAAUCACAGAAUAUAGCCAGGGGUCUAUUAGUGCACUUAUGCUUUGGCUCAAUAAAUGUUGAAACUCUUUGUGACCAGUAUUAGCAGACUUGUAAAGGCUAGGCUGCACUGCCCAUGAAAAGGUAUUGCAUUCACUGUGGUUAAGCUAGUCAUGUCAACCGACUGCUUCCUCAUCCAUGGUAAAAAGGCCAUGCCGGGCAUUGGAGACUGAGCAUUUCUUUUUCAUAUUUCCUUUUAUGCUGGUACUUUCUUUGCUGGUACUUUUCACCGACAAGGUUGUGGUCAAGUUUAGGGUGCCAUUUCAGAUGUUGACUGUGUAGUUCCUUUGUACUCUAUGUUUGGGCCCAAUAUGUUUACAGUCUUCUUUAUGAGUACAAGUUCAUGAGUAUUAUAUUUUGUACGCAGUGGACCAUGCAUUGAGUGCCUUUCUGGGAAUUGACUUAAACUGCUUUGAAGUGCCACUAGACAGGUGCUACUCAUGUGCAAUACUUAUAUUUCUGAUAUAGGUGAACUGAGAUUUGUGGUAGGAGUACAAUCAUCCUGUUAUUUUUGAAAUCAUAUUUAGGGGCGAUGGCAAAUCAUUUCUAUUUUCUUAGUUGAUUGAUAUGUACAUUGCUUUGUUGACUUCUGGUGGUCUUGUCUGCAUUUUUCAAAUGUGAAUUUCUGUCAUGUAGUGAAAGUGAAGGAAAAUUGCAAAAGGCAACUCUGUAAGCUAUUUGAUUAUAACUCUGGGUGUCUGACAUGUUAAACUCAAUAAAACAUUAUUCAAAAAACUUCA